AUGGCGUUGUCUUCUGACAGUUACAUCAAAAAGGAUGCCUUGUCAUCUCUUGAAGACUUGUGUGUCAGAUGCGUGUGCAAGAAUUUAAAUGUUUUAACGUAUUUAAGUAGUGAAAACUGUGAAGUUAAACGAAAAUGGAGAUUCCCUUAUCCAGGUUUUCGUCUGGUUGCCCGUCCUUCGCAAAAGAUCUUGCUACAACUUUGCAAACGAAACGCCCUAGAUGACGACCGGAUGAGUCUUUUUAAUGCUGACAGUGUCGACCUUAUGUCUCCAGUUAUAAAGGAAGCUAAUGUCAGCCCAUCAUCCUUAAAAGUACUCAAGGAAUUUCGUCUGUAUAGCCUUUCUGCCAUGAAUCUAACCAAAGUGAAUCUAAAUACCAUCAUAAGUUGUCUUGGCGAGUGGACUGUUCAGAACCUAAUGUGCCUCAAUAUAUCCGGGACUUCUAUUCUAUGUGAAACUCAUUUACCUAUACUAGUUGCGCUCGGAAGGUUCAAGAAUCUUAGCGUUCUUAAUGCAAGUAGGACUGAACUAAAUACCCAGUCUUUACAAAUUAUUGCUGAUGACCUUUUAAAUCUUCGUUAUCUAAACAUUUCCCGAACACGAGUAACAGAUAUUACUCCCCUACUAAAUAUACGCGAUCGUCUUAAUGGUUUGAUCAUGCAUCGCUUGCAAUUGGAAACGACGGAAGAUAUGGCAAAGUUGCUGUACACUGUAGUGGAACUCAACCAACUGCGCAUACUUGAUGUAUCUGACAAACCGCGAAAUACUGUUGGCAGAUACGAUGCUGUCGAUAAAUUUUGCUCGCCAGAGGUCUUGCCAUUCUUAGAGCAUAUUGAUUUAUCAGGAAACCAAUUUGGGCUGAAACUUAGUGAUGCAAGAGCCUUUCUUGAGAGCCAUCCUAGACUUACGUACGCUGGGUUUGCAUCCUGGCUUUCAAGUCAUGAAGAUGAGUUGGAAGGAAUAUACAGACUUUCUCAACAGUAUCCCCACAUAACGAUGUUGGGAGAUAGAGGGGACCAACUUUUGUUAAAUACUUUGACGCGUAAUAAGGAUAGAGCUUUCUAUCUUCAACAUGCUCUUCAUAGUAUUUUUGAAGCAACUAGCAAUCGUGAAUCCGUCAAACCAGAUCUUCUGCAAGCUGUUUUGCGCGUAAUGAGGCUACAUUUACGCAGAAUGGAAAUGAUAUUGGCAGGAACUGCUGUCAUUUACAACUUAACUCGGAGUGAACAAAGCAAUCAGUUACCUAUAGAUCUACUAAAUCGUGCAGUACGUAUGACUUUAACGGCAAUGGAAAAGUUCCCAGACAAUAGACAGUUGCAAAAGAAUUGCUUUUUAACAUUAUGCAGUGACACUGUACUUUAUCGUGCUACCUUCAAUUGUAUACAAUGUUGUGAACUGGUUUUUAACAACUUGCUGUCGUUUGAUGAUAUUCAUAUGAAGCGUAUGGGUGUAGCAAUUAUUUCUAUACUAGCUGCAGAAAUUUCAACAUCUGGUCUAUCAGACUUGGCAAAAGACCCUAGGAGAAUUGAAUGUUUUCUGAGUUAUGUUGCUGACAAUGCCUCUUAG